AUGAGUAACCGUAAAAACACACAUUGGUGUCAUACUUGCAGAAGAGGAAUCUGUCUUCGAGGAGAAGACAUAAGAGGAGGAGGAGGAGGAGGAGGAACUUGCAUUUACUGUGGUAACACCUUUCUUGAAAAGCUCUAUGAGAACGUAGAACUAAGCCCUUUUGAUUUCUUCGGAUUUGCCAUCGAAGAAGCACGUAACCGUCGUCCCAACAACAGAAGAUCGGUGAUUCUUGAAAACCAAACAAGUUUCCAAGAGUUGUUCAACCGGCUCUCAGUCUCAGCACAAGACCGUCGUGGUCCUCCUCCAGCUUCGCCAACUUUGAUUAGCUCAAUGCCAAAGAUCAAAAUCAGGCAGAAGCAUCUCGGUUUGGAUCCGUAUUGUCCGGUUUGCCAAGACCGGUUUGAAAUCGGAUCGGUUGCGAGUAAGAUGCCGUGUAAACAUAUAUACCAUUCAGAAUGUAUAGUCCCGUGGUUAGUACAGCAUAAUUCUUGCCCGGUCUGUCGCAAAGAGCUGCCACAAGACCGGAACAAUGGCCGGAAAAAACCGUUGUUGUAUCUGUGGCCGUUUAGCUCCUCUGGUACGGCCUCAAACUACAUCGAAUCACCUUUCCAUUGA